CACACGCGCUCUCACGCACCCUCCCCCCCCCCUCCCCGACCAGGAAACGAAACAGAGCCUCGGUUGAAACACGGACAGUCGUCAGUGUUUGGAGCAGCAGGUCCGGAGCUGCGGGGUCCUGAUGGCGGGUCUGAGGAGCGGAGCCGGAGCGACGACACGCCGGCAGAGAGGACAGCACGCAGCCCUCACUCUCCUGACGCUGCUGUGGCCGCUGCUCACCUGCUGCGUCAGGUGUGCGGACAGCGUGAAACCCAGCAACAUCAUACUGAUCCUCGCCGACGACCAGGACGUUCAGCUGGGGGGGAUGACCCCGAUGAAGAAAACGAAAGCUUUAAUAGGAGAAGCAGGAGCAACGUUUGUGAACGCUUUUACAGUCACGCCACUGUGCUGCCCGAGCAGGAGCAGCAUACUGACGGGUCGGUACCCCCACAACCACGAGGUGAGGAACAACUCCCUGUCCGGGAACUGCUCCAGCCCCCUGUGGCAGAAAGGUCCCGAGUCCGAGGCCUUCUCCGUCUACCUCAACAAACAGAAGUACCAGACGUUCUUCGCUGGGAAAUACCUGAACCAGUAUGGGAAGAAAGAGGCAGGAGAUGUCAGCCAUAUUCCUCCUGGCUGGGACCAGUGGCAUGCAUUGGUGGGGAACUCGCAGUACUAUAACUACACACUGUCAGUCAACGGCAAUGAAGAAAAGCACGGAGACAGUUAUGAAAAGGACUACCUGACAGACCUCAUAGUGAACCGGUCUCUCCACUUCCUGGACGACAGGAGUCCGCAGCAUCCCUUCUUCCUGAUGCUGUCUCCUCCAGCUCCUCACUCCCCCUGGACGGCGGCACCUCGGUACCAGAAGGAGUUCAGCAACGUUAAAGCUCCUCGAGGCGGGAGCUUCGACAAACCAGGGAAGGACAAACACUGGCUGCUGCGUCAACCCAUCAACCCCAUGCCAAACAGUUCGCUCACCUUCCUGGACAACGCUUACAGGAAACGGUGGCAGACCCUGUUAUCAGUGGACGACAUGGUGGAGACGCUGGUGAAGAAACUGGACAGUUUGAAGGAGCUGGACAACACCUACAUCUUCUACACGUCAGACAACGGUUACCACACAGGUCAGUUCUCUCUGCCCAUCGACAAGAGGCAGCUGUAUGAGUUCGAUAUCAGGAUCCCGCUCAUGGUCCGAGGUCCUGGCAUCAAACCAAACCAGACGCUGAAGGCUCCCGUAUUGAACAUUGACCUGGCUCCGACCAUGCUGGACAUAUCCGGUCUCAACCUGUCCUCUGUGAAUGUGGAUGGCCAGUCUUUCCUCGGUCAGAUGGCUCCUUCGCUGCGUAACAGCAGCGCUCGUCCCUUCUUCCUGGUUGAAUACACCGGAGAGGGACACCCGACGACAGACCCCGCCUGUCCCAAAUUAGGCCCUGGACUGUCUCAAUGUUUCCCAGACUGUGUGUGUGAGGACGCCUACAACAACACCUACGCCUGCGUCAGGACCCUGGACAGCGAACACAACCUGCAGUACUGCGAGUUCGCAGACAGCGAGUCGUUCGUGGAGGUGUACAACCUGACGUCGGACCCCCACCAGCUGGAGAACAUCGUGAAGAAGGUGGAUCCCGCCGUCCUGCAGGCGAUGAACCAGCGGCUCAUCAAGCUGCAGUCCUGUGUGGGCGACAGCUGCCGUGACAUCAAAUGAGGAAGAGGAAACGCACCGCGGCGCCACAGAGGUUUUCACGUGCUCCUGAAGCUGCCAAACACUCACUUCAGUAACCUCACAGAGGAAGGCGGCGCUGGUUUGUUUGGUUUAGAGGCGACUUUUACCACAAGGCCUUUUUCACAGAAGACAUUUUGACCCGUCUGUUGGAGGGAAAGUACAAGAAUAAAAGUCGGUGUAGCUGCUUCAGUUUCAGGGUCAUGGUGUUGUGCAUGCUGGCUCACUGUCACACUGUCAGGACUCACUGGAACACUUCAACAGAACAGGAAGAGUCUGAUAUUCUGGGAAAUAUGCUUAUCCGCUUUCUUGCUGAAGCUCAGUAAUUAACCUGCGACUCCUCGUUAGUUUAAUUUGUACAGAAAUUUAAGUGUUAAAUGGACACAUCGCAGCUUUAUGAGGGUUUAUGUGUCGGACUGUUUCAUGAUUAUUUUCCCGUCUAUCAGCCAGAGAGUGAUUAAGUGAAUUUCCCAAAUGAUUUUCCUUGAAUGUUUAAACACUUGUGCUUUCGUUUUCUGACAAGUCAAAAUGUCUGCAGUGAAAAAGGCCUAUUUUUUUUUUCCUGAGCUGUGCUCAUGUAUCACAACACACUUUCACAAGCUGUUAUAUUUCCUUUUAAGACACAGGAAACGUCUGAUUGACGGCUGUCAGUGAAUCCAUGCUGGCUGAUGUGUUUCUGUGGAGAUGCUGCACUAAACUCACUGUUCUUUAAAAUGUUCCUGAACAUUUAAUCAACCGCAGAGGCACAAAACGUCGCCAGUGUUUGUCAAAUGUGAAGAUUUAAAGUCUUACACAGCCAGAGAUUCACUGGUACACUGCAGCGCUCUGUGAUCCGCUCAUCUCUUUAAAGGAAUAGUCCCAACAUUUUAGGAAAUCUGCUUAUUUGUCUUUCACACCACUCUCAUGUCUUCCUGUUUCAUUUACAGAUGCCUCCAACAGCUGGGGAGUUGAGCACAGCACAGAGUUAACACAAUCCACCGAUUAACUCAGUCAUUUACAUCUUAUGUCUUUUUCUUUUUUUUAAUUUGUACAAAAACUGAAGAGUGAAAAUGACACAGGCCACAAUAUGUGAGGGCCAGGAGUCUCCACUGGUGACCUGGCAAGAAAGAGCCUGAUACAAACCUCCCUCUAAAACUGCAACUUCUCAUUUUCAUGUGAGAUUUUUAAGAAAUUAAACAAAGGUUUAGUUAAUUAGUUAGUAAGCUUUAGAGCCAGUGUUCCUAUUCUUUAUGCUAAGCUAAGCUAACUGGCUCUGUCUACACGUUGUGUCAAUCUUCUCUGACUUUGUGGCAGAUUUCUUAAAAUGUGGAACUCUUCCCUUCGAACCUGCAGCUCUAUGUUUUAAACAUGAAAUCCUGCUCGU